GGGCGCAGCGCACGGAGCAAGGCGGCGGCGAGGCCCGAGCGUUGUUGCCCUUUUAAGAACUCCCCCCUCCUAAGGAGGGGCCAGGAAACUUUUCCCGUCUCGCGACAUUCCCUAACCCGUCUCUCCCCCCCUCCUCCCCGGUCCUCUCCCGCGUGCUCCUCCCCGCUUCCCCUUUGCCCUGCCCGGCGGGCGCCGGCAACUGCUGUGGCGGCGCCGGCUGCGGCUGCUGCUGCUGCUCCACCUCGCCACCAUUGCGGCCGGGGCAGGUCGCCCCCUUGAACUUCCCCACCCCCACGAUUGCCCCCGUCUUUUCUUCCCGGGGACAACGAUGCAGCGCCCGCCGCAGCCCUAAGAACAGGGAAAGUUCGGGGAGAAGAGAAAAGGCGAAGUUUGGCAUUCCGGCGGAGCAGUUGGCCGGGGCCCCGCGCAGGAAGGUAAUCCCGCCGUGAGCUGCAGCCAGAUCUGACCCAAAAUGGCUGGCGCUUCCGUCAAAGUAGCUGUCCGGGUGCGGCCAUUCAACGCCCGCGAAAUCAGCCGGGAUGCCAAAUGUGUCAUUCAGAUGCAGGGGAAAACCACCUGUAUUGCCAGUCCCAAGCAGGCAAAAGAUGCCCUCAAGAAUUUCACCUUUGACUAUUCCUACUGGUCUCAUACCUCGGAGGAAGACCCCAACUUCGCUUCCCAAAAGCAGGUCUACAAAGAUAUUGGUGAAGAGAUGCUGCUUCACGCCUUUGAGGGCUACAAUGUCUGCAUCUUUGCCUACGGGCAGACGGGGGCGGGCAAGUCCUACACAAUGAUGGGCAAACAGGACAAAGGCCAGGAAGGCAUCAUACCACAGCUCUGUGAAGAUCUCUUUGCCCGAGUAGAUGAGAACAAUUGCCCCAACCUCUCUUACUCUGUGGAGGUAAGCUACAUGGAAAUCUAUUGUGAGCGUGUGCGCGACCUCCUGAACCCCAAAAGCCGCGGGAACCUGCGUGUGCGGGAGCAUCCCAUCAUGGGCCCCUACGUCGAAGAUCUCUCCAAGCUGGCAGUCACUUCCUACGAAGACGUCGCUGACCUCAUGGACUGCGGAAAUAAAGCCAGAACUGUUGCGGCCACCAACAUGAACGAAACUAGCAGCCGCUCUCAUGCAGUCUUCACUAUCGUGUUCACGCAACGGCGACACGAUGAACUCACAGACCUUGACACAGAGAAGGUCAGCAAGAUCAGCCUGGUCGACCUGGCUGGGAGCGAACGGGCGGAUUCGUCAGGAGCCAAGGGCAUGAGGUUAAAGGAAGGCGCCAACAUCAACAAAUCUCUGACGACGUUGGGCAAAGUCAUCUCCGCACUGGCAGAGAUGCAAAACCACAAGAGGAAGAAGUCUGAGUUCAUCCCUUACCGUGACUCGGUGCUCACGUGGUUGCUGAAAGAGAACCUGGGGGGCAAUUCUCGCACAGCCAUGAUUGCUGCCCUCAGCCCAGCUGACAUCAACUAUGAGGAGACGCUCAGCACCCUCCGUUACGCGGACCGCACCAAGCAGAUCCGUUGCAAUGCCAUCAUCAACGAGGAUCCCAACGCCCGGCUCAUCCGGGAGCUCAAAGAAGAAGUGGCCAGACUGCGGGACCUCCUCUCUGCCCAGGGGCUGUCGGCUGCCACCUUCGCUGGGGCCAAGCCUGACGACCCGGGCGGGGGCUUAGGCCUUCCCACCUCGCCCUUUGCCCCGAGUGCAGAAUCUGCACUCCUGCUGGAGCCCCUUGCCCUCAACGGAGAGUCAGAGGAGUACCCCACCAUGGAGGAGGAGAUGAUCUGCACGGAGGAAGCCAUGGAGAGGCUACAGGAGACUGAGAAGAUCAUUGCUGAGCUCAAUGAGACCUGGGAGGAAAAACUGCGGAAAACAGAGGCCAUCCGGAUGGAGCGAGAGGCGCUCCUGGCAGAGAUGGGUGUGGCUCUCCGGGAGGAUGGGGGCACUGUUGGGGUCUUUUCCCCCAAGAAGACUCCACACUUGGUGAACUUGAACGAGGAUCCGCUGAUGUCCGAGUGCCUCCUCUACCACAUCAAGGAUGGUGUCACCCGAGUCGGCCAGCAAAAUGUGGAUAUCAAACUGACUGGACAGUUCAUUAAAGAGCAACACUGCAUCUUCCGUAGUGUCACCAAUGAGUCUGGAGAAGCGGUCGUCACUCUGGAGCCCUGUGAGGGCGCUGAGACCUAUGUCAACGGGAAGCAGGUCCUGGAGCCCAUGGUGCUGAGAUCAGGCAACCGUAUUGUGAUGGGCAAGAACCACGUCUUCCGCUUCAACCACCCAGAGCAGGCGCGCCUGGAACGGGAGCGCAACACCCCCGCCGAGAGCCAGGCCGAGCCGGUCGACUGGAAUUUUGCUCAGCGGGAGCUGCUGGAGAAGGAAGGCAUCGACAUUAAGCUGGAGAUGGAGAAGAGACUUCAGGAUCUGGAGACCCAAUACCGUCGAGAGAAGGAGGAGGCUGACUUGCUUCUGGAGCAGCAAAGGCUGUACGCAGACUCUGAUAGUGGCGAUGACUCGGACAAGCGCUCCUGUGAGGAAAGCUGGCGGCUCAUCUCAUCGCUGCGUGAAAAGCUCCCGGCCACCAAAGUGCAGACCAUCGUGCGCCGCUGCGGCCUGCCUAGCUCUGGCAAGAAGCGGGAGCCACUGCGCGUGUACCAGAUCCCUCAGCGCCGGCGGCUGGCUAAGGAUCCACGCUGGCUGACGCUGGCUGACCUCAAGAUGCAAGCGGUCAAGGAGAUCUGCUACGAGGUGGCCCUCAACGACUUCCGCCACUCCCGCCAGGAGAUCGAAGCCAUGAGCAUCGUCAAGAUGAAGGAGCUAUGCCGCCUCUAUGGCAAGUGCAACCCUAACGAGCGCGAUAGCUGGCGGGCGGUGGCCCGGGAUGUCUGGGACACGGUUGGUGUGGGUGAACCUGACAGCACUGCCGGCACAGGGGGAGGGACCCCAGACGGCCGCUCCGGCACCCCCGGCACUGACGUAGAUGAUCUCCGAGCGCACAUUGACAAGCUGACCGACAUCCUUCAGGAGGUGAAGAUCCAGAACAACAUGAAGGAUGAGGAGAUCAAGGCGCUGAGGGACCGUGUGGUCAAGAUGGAGCGUGUGAUCCCCAUCUCUGCCCAGGAGGAUGAAGACCUAGAGAACGAGUGGGGCUCAUUGCUGUUUGCCGAGGGCCUCGUGUCGGAGGGGCAGCCAAAGGCACCGACGGGCAGCCAGGACUCGCUGGAUGCCAAGGAGGACGAGGGCUCUGCUGCUGCUGCCGCUGCUUCCUGCUGCGACCGGGUUUCCCACCUGAUGGAGAAGGAUCCAGCCUUCCGCCGGGGGCGCCUCCGCUGGCUUCGGCAGGAGCAGGCCCGCCUUCAGAACCUGCAGCAGCAGCAGCUGACCAAAGCCUUGCGCCGCAGCCAGCUGCCCCCCACCCACGGCAAAUUCAUCCCCCCGCAGGACUGCAAGCUGCGCUUCCCCUUCAAAAGCAACCCUCAGCACCGCUACUCCUGGGGCCCCAACUCUGCUUUCAUGGUGGGGGGCGGGGAGGAGGCCAUUCCCAGGGAGGAGGUUCCCCGACCCCCCAGCCCCAGCAGGCCUGCCCGGCGGAGCAGCCCAGUGCCCCAGCAUAAUAAUAAACACCCUGGCCGCUCAGCCCGGCGUAACUCCCUGGAGGGCGGGCAGCGAGGCAGGCGCGGGCAGCAGGCGCAGGAGCACUUCCAGGCCCGCAAGCAUAACUACUACCCCCGCCAGCACCAGCCGUACCCCCAGCACCGGCCCAGCAACCCCGACAACAACCCCCCGCCACGCAUGCGCCGGCAGAGAUCGGCACCCAACCUGCAACAGGAGCGUGAAAGUGCCGUCUGAUGGCUGUGGUGGCAGAGUGAAGGCUGCUCAUGCGCUCCCUGCCACCAGCACGGCCAAACAGGAGGAGAGGCGCAGCACCAUCGGCCUGGAGCGCGGCCUGUUCGUGGGAUUGUUGCCUGUUGGCCGUGGAUGGACAGGACAGAGCCCUCGUUCUGCAACAACACUGAGCUUGCCAUGGGGGGCUGUGGAACUGAACGGGGGCGAUGGAGGCUUGGAACCGGCGGUUGCAGGGAGGAGUUGGUGAAUAGGGGAGGUGUCAGCAAACGCCAUUUGCAUCAGGGGCUUUUUUUGUGGGAAAUCCAAAGAAACUCUUGUAGGUUUUUAAUAGGAAUGAAUUUGGGAGUGUGCCAGAGGGGUGGGAGGGAAGAGAGAAUGUUUUUGUUAUUGUCUUGAGAAGGAAAGUGGAGAAGUAUGUGCUGUGAAGGGUUUGCGCAAAGCAUUUGUGUGAUUCAUGGGAGUCAGGAGGGUUGGGUGCAAGGAAGUGUGGUGGCUUGCCAAGAGAAGCGCUUAAGGAUUUGGGCCAGGGGGCAGGGAGGAGAGUCAGAACGUCUGGGCAAUGGCCACUUCUGAUGCUUCCCCCCCCCCCGUCCGUCUCCCAAGGACUGCAGGGUGCUUCCUCCUCUCGUAGGAGAUUCCAAAGUGGGCUGGCCAACCGGCGAGGGGGGCUGGGGAGGCUGGCAGAGCGGGGGGCAGUUGCUUUGGGUGGUAGGGGGACUGGGGCAUGUUGGCUGUACGUUCUGUGGGGCUGCAAUCCUCCCAAUAGUCUCUGCUUGUGAAAUGGCAGUCUGUGGGGCAGAAGAAACCUCUGUGGGGCUGGGACAAAAGGGAUCUGUGUCGGGGCAGGAGAGCGCCCACCACCCAUCAGCAGCUGGAAUAUUUGAAAGAGGGAGAGGGACUGAAGUGGUAGUAUUCUUCCCCACAUACACACACAGGCACGCUCAGUUUUGAAGCAAAGGUUGGCACAGGAAACCUGGCUCAAAAUCUGUGGCCCCCUUUUUGCUUUUCCUGCCCCUUUUUGGACUCUAGAGGAGGGAGCAGGAAGAUCCUUUUUGGGUCCCCCUGCUGCUGACUCUUCCCAUCCAGGAGCUGUCAAUCUUCUAUAGUUCUGGGGGAGGGGAGAGUAGCACCCCUUUCAGGAAGUGGGCCUGCUGCUAUUGUGCCCCAGAGCGCUUGGCAAUUCAGUAGGGCAAGGUGUCUGCAUGUCUUACCGUGGGGUUUUUUUGGGGGGUGGUGAGUGGGUCAAAGAGAGGAGAGUCUCCCAUCUCUGUGACUGAAGGUAGUACCCUAGAUCAACACCCACUGACCCACCCUCAUAAAAAAAAAAAGACCCACUAGGCUGCCUGGAGAAGCUGAUGGAUGGGGCUGAACUCAUCCUGCCCAAAGCACCCUCGAGCUGCUCUUUACCUUCUCUUCUGCCCUACCCCAUCCCACAAGUAAUCCUGUGGAGCACCAUUUACCCCAAGAGGGGAGUCUGCUGUAAUUCCCCAUGCCACGCUCUCCCCCCACCCCCACCCACCAUGCCUAGAAUCUCUUAGCCAGCCAGAGCCUUUGCAGGGGUAGUGGGUCUGUCCAUCCCUUCCAAAACUGCUUGUUGAGCUGAUCCUUGAGGGUUUUCUUGUGGCUUUCUCUCCAUGGGGUGGGUGGGUUGUGGGAUGUAUGUGUGGGGCAGGGGCUGUUUGUGUGUGUGUUCUGGGGCUGUGCUCUGUCCUUACUGCCCCGGAAUCAUGGCUGAAGAAUCUAUACCAUAAUCCUGUUAAAUAAAAGGUGGGAACCACCUGCCAGAUCUCACAA